UUUCCAAGGGAAAAGAAUUCAUUGUGUUCCUGAAUGCGAAGGAAAAGGAGAAAGAGAUAACGUUUCAGCAGUGACUUAGUUUUUUUUUUUAAAUCUUUGAGUUAAAGCGUACUAUCUCAGAACCGCUUUCCUCCCACAUUGUCAGGAGUCACUGUAGGUAGAUGGGAAUACGGUAUUUUCGUUAACUUUAAAACUAACAAACAACAGAAGAUAAAAUCAUGUAUUUGGGUAAAGCACUUUUGUUUUUCCUUCUUUUGAACUGCGUGACAAUGAGUUUGUCACUAUCCACUUGCACCACUGUGGACAUUGACCAUAUAAAGAAAAAGCGAGUUGAGGCGAUUCGGGGACAAAUUCUGAGCAAACUUCGAUUGACAAGCCCGCCUCAGGCAUUGGGUCCAAACCAGGUUCCCUCCCAAGUCUUGGCGCUGUAUAACAGUACGAAGGAGCUGCUUGAAGAGUUGGGGAGGGACCGGCAGCAAAGUUGUGGCCAGGAUAACACGGAGACCGAGUACUAUGCCAAAGAGAUAUAUAAAUUCAACAUGAUUCAGGGACCUCCGGAGAACAACGACCUACCCUACUGUCCCAAGGGUAUCACCUCCAAAGUGUUCCGCUUUAACGUCUCCGCCAUGGAGAGGAACUCAACCAACCUCUUCCGGGCAGAGUUUCGGGCGCUGCGGGUGCCCAACUCCAGUGCCAAGAGGAAUGAGCAGCGGAUUGAGCUCUAUCAGAUCCUGAGGCUGGACGAGCACAUCGCCAAGCAGCGCUACAUCGGGGGCAAGAACGUGCUGACCAAGGGAACGCCCGAGUGGGUCUCCUUCGACGUGACCGAGACAGUGAGGGAGUGGCUGAUAUACCGAGAGACCAACCUGGGCCUGGAGAUCAGCGUGCACUGCCCCUGCCACACCUUCAACUCCAACGGCGACAUCAUCGAGAAUGUCAACGAGGUGCUGGAGGUCAAGUUCAAAGGGGUGGAGGGAGACUACGACGAGCAGAACCGCUGGGACCUGGGCCGGCUGAAGAAGCAAAAAGAGCAGCUCCUCCCCCACCUCAUCCUCAUGAUGCUGCCGCCCCACCGGCUGGAUGCCCCCUCGUCCUCCCGGAGACGCAAGCGGGCCCUGGACACCAACUACUGCUUCACUAAUUACGAAGAGAACUGCUGCGUGCGCCCACUAUACAUCGACUUCCGCCAGGACCUGGGCUGGAGGUGGAUCCAAGAGCCCAAGGGAUACUACGCCAAUUUCUGCUCGGGGCCCUGCCCAUACCUGCGCAGCGCCGACACCACGCACAGCUCGCUGCUGAGUCUCUACAACACCCUGAACCCGGAGGCAUCGGCCUCGCCCUGCUGCGUCCCCCAGGACCUGGAGCCUCUCACCAUCCUCUACUAUGUAGGACGCACCCCCAAGGUGGAGCAGCUCUCCAACAUGAUCGUCAAGUCCUGCAAGUGCAGCUGAGCAAGGGGGCGGACAGCGACGAGGCGGUCGGCGGGGGGAGGGGGCUGUCGUCCCCCACGCCCCUGUGCCCCCCCACCAAAAGAAGAAUACCUCUGUCCACCACCCCAGCCAGCCAGCCUGCCUCACACUGAACGGCCCACAAGAAAGAGACGUGGCCGCCCUGCUCAACCCACACACAACCGACCGUGUGCCCAGAGAAGUCGGCUUUCAAAACACCACUUCAAAAACGUCUUAGUGUGAGGACACGAUCCAGAACCACAGACCUCGACAAACACGUUUUGCUAAUGUUUUUCCAACCUUUUUCCAACUGUUGUUUUUUAAAAACCAUGUCCCAAUCAAGUUUUCCCCUUGACUUUUUUCAGCGUUUUCAAACUGGCAUUUUUUUUCUUGAUAAUCCUGGGCAUAUCAGAUAGACCUCAUGUUGAACAAAAAAAAAAGAGAAAAAAAACAGAGGACAGACAAAUGCUCUCUUACCAUGAGCUGUAGGAGAGCUGCUGGCUCAAAGCUGCAGUUAGAAAAGGAAGACUCUGAAAAUGCCUGCUGGAUUUAAGCGAAAUGAACAGAAAGGGGCAUGACAAAGCACUGCUGGGCCAAAGCUACAGCAAGCAACCCUUUUUGUUGUUUUUGGGAAUGCCCACUUAAUGCCUUGACUUACACGAAAAGAGUACAGAGGGGAUUCUCCAUGCUGGAACCUAGCGCUGUGCGCAUCACAGUACCCUACACUGUUAAUCUAGGAGAUACGCUGAUGGAUUCAAGUAGUCUUAGGAAAAAUACAACAUGCUGGAAAGAACUUCUUUUGAAAAAAAAUAUCAGUUAUGUUUACCUCUGUUACACAACAGAAUUUCUAGGGACAUUUUUUGUUCAUAAAUG